AUGGAUAUUUCGGUGUCAAUUCCUAAAGUGAAGAAGGUUUCGGUGGUUAAGUGGAGUCCUCCCUCACAGAAUUGGGUGAAUCUUAAUAUGAAUGACAGCUUAGGUAAUCAUGGGCCUGCUGGUGCUGGAGGUGUCAUUCGUGAUGCCGGUGGUCAAAUGUGUGCAGCUUAUUUUGUUUUUUUAGGUCAGGGUUCUAACAACUUUGCUGAGCUGAGUGGUUCGAUGGAAGGGGUUAGAAGGUGCUAUCAUCUUGGCUUUUAUCAAGUGGAUAUUAAAACUGAUUCUCAAAUCCUUGUUAAUUGGAUCAAAAGGGGUUAG